AUGCAAACAAUGAGUUCUAAAUUAUUCGUUAAUCAGUUACGUCUACUGCAUAUUGGUUCAAAACGUCAAAUGUCUGAUACUGGAAGAAAGAAAUUUACUGACAAAGUCUCUGAAGCUGUUCAGCCUGAGAACGACAAGUCUGGCUAUCAAAAGGUGAAGGAGUCAGCUACUGAUGCUGCAGAUAAGCUUGCUAAAAACGUUCAAAAAGAUAGUGACAAAGGAGUGUUUCAGAAGAUCUCCGAUACUCUCAGCGGUAACAAAAAAUGA